GGGGCGGGGCGGUUGCAGCGGCGUCGGCGGCGGCCGGGGAGGGUCAGUUGGAGGCAGGCGCUCGCUGAGGCAGGAGGAGGGUUCUGGGCCCGCUGCCUGACAGGGACUUAGCCCGCAGAGCUCGGCCCCGCGUGCGCGCGCGACCCCACACCCGCCCACUCAUCCACCUACCCACUCCCUGCGCCGCCUCUUCCCACCCUGAGCAGAGCCGCCGAGGAUGAUAAACACCCAGGACAGUAGUAUUUUGCCUUUGAGUAACUGUCCCCAGCUCCAGUGCUGCAGGCACAUUGUUCCGGGGCCUCUGUGGUGCUCCUGAUGCCCCUCACCCACUGUCGAAGAUCCCCGGUGGGCGAGGGGGCGGCAGGGAUCCUUCUCUCUCAGCUCUAAUAUAUAAGGACGAGAAGCUCACUGUGACCCAGGACCUCCCUGUGAACGAUGGAAAACCUCACAUCGUCCACUUCCAGUAUGAGGUCACCGAGGUGAAGGUCUCUUCCUGGGAUGCAGUCCUGUCCAGCCAGAGCCUGUUUGUAGAAAUCCCAGAUGGAUUAUUAGCUGAUGGGAGCAAAGAAGGAUUGUUAGCACUGCUAGAGUUUGCUGAAGAGAAGAUGAAAGUGAACUACGUCUUCAUCUGCUUCAGGAAGGGCCGGGAAGACAGAGCUCCACUCCUGAAGACCUUCAGCUUCUUGGGCUUUGAGAUUGUGCGUCCAGGCCAUCCCUGUGUCCCCUCUCGACCAGAUGUGAUGUUCAUGGUUUACCCCCUGGACCAGAACUUGUCCGAUGAGGACUAAUGGUCAUAGAGGAUGCUUUGCCCAAGAGCCACAGUGGGGGAAGAGGGGAAGUUAGGCAGCCCUGGGACAGAGGAGGGAGCUUCUUGCUGUCUAGGGAAGGACGCUGAGGGGCUCAGGGUGAGGGUUGCCUGUUGUGUUCUCAGAGUUGACUCAUUGAAAUUGUUUUCCAUAAAGAACAGUAUAAACAUAUUAUUCACAUGUAAUCACCAAUAGUAAAUGAAGAUGUUUAUGAACUGGCAUUAGAAGCUUUUUAAACUGCGCUGUGUGAUGUGCUCUAUCUAGCCUAGGGGAGGACAUUGCCUAGAGGGGGAGGGACUGUCUGGGUCCAGGGGCAAGGCCUGGAGAGCUGGUGGACAGCACUGUCAGGCUGAGGUUCCCCUGCU